CCGGAAUCGAUAAACCUCUCCAGACCUUCCAGUUCCCCCGCGUCUACCCGUUGCGCCUGUCGCUGUCCCUACAAAACACUACACAUCAUGGGUGUCCCUUUCGAGGCUUUGCUUCCUUUCGGAAUCAUUGUUGGUUUCAUGACUGCUGGUGCUGGUGGUAUCUGGGCUGUCAAGUACUGGGUCAACGACUACAAGCAGCCGCGUUGGGGCCUUGAUCAGUGGGACAGACAAAUGAUGGACAGAGACCGCAGAAUCACAGGAACCUUCCGAGGACAAUCGGCCAACCCUACAGCCCCCAAAGGGUUUGAACUCAACAACCCCUGGAAGCUCGAGAAACGGAUUUUCUAAGGGAAACCCCGCCAUGUCAAUCUUUGAUUUGUUGUUUGUCUGCAUUAGCUUUGAGAGAAAUAUCCACGCCUUGGGUUAGAGAGAAAUAACCUCAUUUUUUCUGUACAAUUGUUACCGGGCCCAUGGGGCUUCCCCCACUGCCACGGUAGAAGUUUCCAGACUAUUUAAAAAUGCUAUUUGAUCUGAGA